AUGGUACCAGGGAUGUUAUCGGGGAUGGUGGCAGGGAUGGUACCGGGAAUGGUACCAGUGAUGGUAUCGGGAAUGGUACCGGUGAUUGUACCGGGGAUUGUACCGGUGAUUGUACCGGUGAUUGUACCGGUGAUUGUACCGGUGAUUGUACCGGUGAUUGUACCGGUGAUUGUACCGGUGAUUGUACCGGUGAUUGUACCGGUGAUUGUACCGGUGAUUGUACCGGUGAUUGUACCGGUGAUUGUACCGGUGAUUGUACCGGUGAUUGUACCGGUGAUUGUACCGGUGAUUGUACCGGUGAUUGUACCGGGGAUUGUAUCGGUGAUGGUACCGGUGAUGGUACCGGUGAUUGUACCGGUGAUUGUACCGGUGAUUGUACCGGGGAUUGUACCGGGUAUGGUACCAGGGAUGGUAUCGGGGAUGGUACCGGUGAUUGUACCGGUGAUUGUACCGGUGAUUGUACCGGGGAUGGUACCGGUGAUGGAACCAGGGAUGGUAUCGGGGAUUGUACCGGGCAUUGUACCGGUGAUGGUACUGGGGAUUGUACCGGGGAUGGUACCAGUGAUGGUAUCGGAGAUGGUAUCGGGAAUGGUAUCGGGGAUGGUACCGGGGAUGGUACCAGUGAUGGUAUCGAGGAUGGUACCGGGGAUGGUACUGGGGAUGGUACCAGGGAUGGUACUGAGGAUGGUAAACCCCAAGAUCACGGUACGGUGCACUGGAACAACUAAGACUAUUAAGCCAUAA